AUGUCCGCCAUUCGUGUCUAUUAUUUUCACAUUGGAGAUUCUACUAGCGAUUUUGGUCACACCAACAGGAGCCGCAUCGAUUCCGAUGACAUUCGCAGCACCUCCAACUGCGGUCGCGACGAUCGCACAGAUUCCGAAUUGCGAAAGCGACGAUUGGGUUACGCGAGCAGCGAAAAGAGCGGCGUGAGCAACAGCUCUACGACUCACAGCGAGAGCCCGUCCCUUCGAGUGUCGGUCAUAGAGCACCUGGGUCAGCACGUGGGGCUGCACACGUGGCCGUCAGCAGUGGUGUUGGCAGAAUACCUGUGGCAGCACCGGGGGGUGAUACAAGGGAGGAGUGUUAUCGAGCUAGGGGCGGGAACAGGCCUGUGUGGGAUUCUCUGUGCCAAGCUUGGCGCACAAGUCACCCUCACAGACGCCCACUCGCAGACCCAGGUUCUCUCCAGCCUGCAUCAAGUAGCAGAGCUGAAUGGGUUCUCCUGUAGGGGAGUGGAGGCCUGUUCAGCAUCAGGAAAAGAAUCUGGGGAAUACCGGGAGCGUGUUGAAUCAGGGAAACUUGGGGAAUUUGAACAAGCAUCCUCACUGCCUGAUGGGGGUGUGAGCGUGGAGUCACUCACCUGGGGCGACAUGUCUCACCAGGUCUUUCAGCUGCCCCCUGCUGACGUCAUUAUAGGAGCAGACGUGCUCUAUGAUGCUUCAGCCUUUGACCCUCUCCUCUCCACGGUGCAUCUUCUCCUAGGGUUGAAACGAGGCUCAGUCUUCAUUACAGCCUAUCAAGCACGCAGCACACAUGCUUCCCUGAAUCUCCUCAUGCAAUCAUGGGGUCUGACAUGCGUCCACAUCCCCUCUGCCCCACCCUUCCUGCUCCCUUUACUCCCCCCAUCCCCCAUGCAACACGCAUGCCUCUCUGCACCUCCUCAUGCAAUCAUGCGGCUUCACACGGCAUCUUCUCCUUCCACUCUUCCCCCCCCCUUCUUCCCCAUACCCUGGGCAGCACGCAUGCCUCUCUGCACCUCCUCAUGCAGUCAUGGGGCCUAA